AUGCGUCUUUUACUGACAACUCUUCUUUUCGUUGCAUUCUUUGCACUUGGUGACCGUCUACCAAGUACUGCAACUAUAAUCGUUAAUUUUCUAGUGGUGGGUAUGUACUUCGAUGGACCGGACUCCAGUGAUGAGUCUUCUAAUGAAGGUGGAAAAGGCGGAAGAAGAGGCAGUGGUGGACGAGGUGGAAACAGACCUCCUCCACGUCCUAGAUCACCACCGGCAAGGCCACCAUCAUCACGAUCUCCAGCUUCACGAUGCCCUGCCGGUUGGACUCUUGUUCAUCGGCGCAUCGGAGGAUGGUGUGUCCGAAUUUAUCAGGGAGUUUACAACCAGGUACAAGCUGAAUCAGCUUGUAACGGAGUCGGUGCAGUUCUCUCGGGAAUUGAGAGUGCGGCUGAACGGCAGACAAUUGCGGAACUUGGAAAAACAUUAAUGACAACUAGUUCGGCGUGGAAGUAUGGUACUCUUCGAUUGGGACUCUCCCGACCCUCCCUCAACAGUGUUAGUUUAUAUAACAAAACUCUCGGAAUCGUUCAUUCACUAUUUUUGUUUUAGAAAUGAACGGUGGCCGAAUAAACGGAGAAAGAAAGAAAGAAACGGUCCGUAUAUACUCAAUUUUCCGCUCUUGCCCCCAAGGUGAUUGCGUACUCAAGCCUAAUUUCAGAAAAUUUGGCUUGAGUCUGCAAACACCGAGGGGCAAUAGCGACGAAUUGAGUUUAACUUUUUCUAAACUAAGACUGAGAUGAUGGUACCCCCAAGACUUUUAUGAAUAAGAAUGAUAGUAAAAAUGACAAACUUAAGUUCACAUUUGAAUUUUCAAGGAUUUCGCCUGGUCUGAUCCGAACGUCUCCGGAUGGGCAGGUAUUGAAUGGAGUCCUCUGGAACCGAGUGGAGGAAGCACUAGGUGAGCGAGUGAGACAGGUCACUCGCUCACUCGAUGUUAUUAUUUUUUAGUGGAUACGGUCAUAACUGUGGACUGAUGUGGCUGUGGGUUCCGGGAGGUGGAGCAGUCUACGGAGCCAGUACAAGAAUACACGGAACUCUCUUCUCAAUGGUAUGCCCCAUUACGUGGAACGACCGAUUCAGAGGGUUCGUGUGCGGUAGACGUGCCACUUAA